UUUGAGAAUCUUCAAAGCUGAUUGGACAAAAAAAGAGGACUUUUUUUCCAUAGGGGAGGGCCUCAUGCAAAUAAAGGACUCACGUUCUCUUUUUCUAUUGGACAAAACAACAACCUUUUUCACCAAUGAGAUGGCUUAGUAACACAGCCCGGCCGUAGCUAUAAAUACAUUUCUUGAACUCCUCUUAGUUUCAUUUUCUUUUACACUUAACGAUGUCUGGACGGGGCAAACAGGGAGGCAAAGCUCGCGCCAAGGCCAAGACGCGGUCAUCCCGCGCCGGGCUACAGUUCCCCGUGGGGCGCGUGCACCGCCUGCUCCGCAAAGGUAACUACGCCGAGCGCGUGGGCGCCGGAGCCCCGGUGUACCUGGCGGCCGUGCUCGAGUACCUGACGGCCGAGAUCUUGGAGCUGGCGGGCAACGCGGCGCGCGACAACAAGAAGACGCGCAUCAUCCCGCGCCACCUGCAGCUGGCCAUCCGCAACGACGAGGAGCUCAACAAGCUGCUGGGCAAAGUGACGAUCGCGCAGGGUGGCGUGCUGCCCAACAUCCAGGCCGUGCUGCUGCCCAAGAAGACCGAGAGCCACCACAAGGCCAAGGGCAAGUGA